AUGAGUGCAAUUCCAGCCACAGACGCAGAAUGGGCGGAGAAAAUCUCCAAGAUGAAAGAGAACCUACCUGACCGGGUUCUCUCUCAACCUCCAAUCCCACUCGGCGUGCACCGAACCAUCGACCACACCCUGCUGUCCGAGCCCGUCGAACCAUCCCAAAUCGACAAACUAUGUGCCGAAGCCCGCGAACACAACUUCGCCACCGUCUGCGUGCGUCUUGAAAAUGUUCCUAGGGCCGUGGCCCAGCUCAAGGGUUCAGACACUACUAUCGCAUGUGUCGUUGCCUUUCCUGAGGGGACGCACGAGACGGCGUCGAAAGUCCGCGAGGCACAAGAGGCUGUUUCGCAAGGCGCUUCGGAAUUGGACAUGGUGAUCCAUUACCGUCUUUUGAAAGAGGGUCGGUAUACGGAAGUAUACCAGGAUAUUAUUGCAGUCCGGAAAGCAGCACCGCCGCCUAUUGUCUUGAAGACGAUUAUCGAGGCAUCCGUGCUGGACCGAGACGAGUUGCUGGAUGCGACGAUCGUAUCCUGUAUGGCCGGUGCGGACUUCGUGAAGACAAGUACCGGGUGGGAAGGGGGUGCGUGUACUCAAGAUGUUACGCUAAUGAGGAUUGCGGCCGAUAUGUGCGGACGCAGUACUAAGAUCAAGGCGAGUGGGGGACUACGCACGGCGGAGGAUGUGGUCAAGAUGCUUAAGGCGGGUGCGCAUCGGAUCGGGACUAGUAACGGGGUGAAGAUCAUGCAAGAGAUGGAUGAGGGCGAGAUCCUAGAACAGGGGGCGAGUCAUGCUGUUUCCUAG